CAGAAUAUUACCAAGUAGACAUCUUGUGAUAAUGACUUAUUAUAAGCCUCGGUUUGGGGAAAGUGUCAGGAUCACCGCACAGGGCGGACCAAACCCUGAAGUAUCUCAAAUCUGCAUCACCACAGUGAUUAUCAUAGAGGAUUCUAAGGACGGCUCAAUUGAACGGAGUGUGCAUACACAUACGCGUGAGAAAGGAGGGCGCGAGUAUGAGACGUAUGAGUCAGGAAAGCAGGACGGAUGUCUUAGUCCAUUACACAUUAGCGUAGUAAUGUACUGACGGGGCACGCAAAAGCAACGCGGGGAGAUUUAUGGAUCAUUUUAGACAUGAAAAGUACAUAAGAGGUUCACCCCCGGCACAAUAACAUCAAAGUCUGCAAAUGUUCUUCAUAUCGAUCACCAAUUCCUAUUAUGGACAAUGUAACAUCUUUCCUCAUAUUCAUCUCAAAGUCUCUCAAAGAUGAUUACGUAGUUCUACCAAAUUAUUAUGGGCUUAACACAUACUGGACUCGUAGUCCAGUUCCAGAAGGAUACAAUGUUAUGAAAGAGUACCAAAUCUUUAAGGAAUGGGGAGGAGUGGAUUGGAACUGGAAUGAGAAUGUAUAUUUUCGUUAUGAAGUAUCGAAACAGGUGAGGAUGGAAACAUUGUCAAAGGUUUUAGUUAUUGCAGAUCGGCUAGCAAAAGAUGGGGAUGAUCAGGCCAGAACGUAUCCUAUUGAUUACUAUAUACGACUAUAUGGCUAGGUAGAAACAAAUGAACCAUGAUUAUGAUCAGAC